CCAACAUCUCUAUAGCCUUGACAACAGCUGGAGGAGUAAUGGCGACCGCCGAAAGAACCGUCAGCGUUUGAAGGACCGUCGCUGGCCACCAUGUACUCGGCUUCGUUGCCGCCGCCGCCGCCCAGGCGGGACUUCAUCUCGGUAACGCUCAGCCCUGGCGGUGGAGGGCUUCAGGCGGCGGCGGGAGGAGGCGGCGGCUACAACAACAGCAAGGCCUGGCGGAGACGGUCUUGUUUACGGAAAUGGAAGCAGCUGUCCCGUCUCCAACGGAACGUGAUCCUCUUCAUAUUUGCUUUCUUAGUUGUCUGUGGAGUCAUCACUUAUGCAAACAUGGCUGAGCCCUGGAAAAGUCUGACCAGCAGUUCCCCGGGAGAGCAGAAGAUGGAUUUGGAGAUCCCAGGUUUGAACCCAGCAAAUCAGGCAGUUCUUCCAAUCCCCAAGCAAGCUGAUCCUGAUCUCAGGGAUUACCCAGAUAUUUCACUUCAAAAGCCCCCAAAGGAACCCCCAGUCCGACGACGUGCUCCUAACCCGCAACUCAGACCACCUCCAAGAAAUACGAAGGUGAAGCUGCAAGGGAGUGUGACCAAGGCAGGGGAAGAGCCUCACCAGGCUGUUCAAGAACACAAAACUGAAAAGUCUGUUAUUAGCUGGCGAGGAGUUGUGAUUGAACCUGACCAGAUCACAGAGUCUCCUUCCAACAAAAUAAAGGAAUUGGACAAACCCUUGCCUGGGGAGUCUGAAGACCAAAAAGAGCCAGUGCCUUUGAAUGAGCGCCAGAUGGCUGUGAUAGAGGCCUUCCACCAUGCCUGGAAAGGCUACAAGGAAUUUGCCUGGGGCCAUGACGAGCUUAAGCCCAUCUCCAAGUUAUUCAGCGAAUGGUUCGGCCUUGGCCUGACUCUCAUCGAUGCACUGGACACCAUGUGGAUUUUGGGUCUAAAGGAAGAAUUCGCAGAAGCAAGGAAGUGGGUUGCAACAGAGUUAAACUUCGACAAGAACGUGGAUGUCAACCUAUUUGAGAGCGCCAUCCGGAUCCUGGGAGGUCUGCUCAGCACCUACCACCUGUCGGGGGACACCCUCUUUCUAGAAAAGGCCAAAGAUAUUGGCAGCAGACUCAUGCCAGCCUUCAACACCCCUUCCAAGAUUCCAUUUUCGGAUGUAAACAUUGGCCGGGGCACAGCCCACCCGCCGCGCUGGACAUCUGAUAGCACAGUGGCUGAAGUGACCAGCAUCCAGCUGGAGUUCAGGGAGCUCUCACGGCUUACUGGGGAAGAGAAGUUCCAGAGUGCUGUUGAUGGGGUGAUGCAACACAUUCACACCCUCCCUGGAAAGAACGACGGUCUGGUGCCCAUGUUCAUCAACACCAACAGUGGACAGUUUACCCACCUGGGGGUCUACACCCUCGGAGCCCGAGCAGACAGCUACUAUGAGUACCUUCUGAAGCAGUGGAUCCAGGGUGGGAAGAAGGAAAAUGAGCUUUUGGAAGAUUACGUGAAGGGCAUAGAAGGGGUGAAGAUGCAUCUCCUUCGGAAGUCCCAGCCCAAAAGACUGACUUUCGUAGGUGAACUCGCUCAUGGCCGUUUCAGUGCUAAAAUGGACCACCUAGUUUGCUUCUUGCCUGGAGCCCUCGCUCUUGGAGCUCACAACGGGCUUCCCACGGAUCAUCUGGACCUGGCCAUAGAGCUUGCGGAGACCUGCCAUCAGAUGUAUGCCCAAGUGGAGACUGGCCUGAGCCCAGAGAUUGUCCACUUCAACAUGCAUGCCCAGAAAGACCGAAAAGAUGUCGAGAUCAAGGCUGCAGACAGACAUAAUCUUCUACGCCCUGAAGCUGUGGAGAGUUUUUUCUACCUGUAUAGAUUCACGGGUGACAAGAAGUAUCAGGACUGGGGCUGGGAGAUCCUCCAGAGCUUCAAUAAAUACACACGGGUUUCUACAGGUGGCUACGCUUCCAUAAACAACGUCCAGAACCCUAGCAAUCCAGAGCCAAGAGAUAAGAUGGAGAGCUUUUUCCUUGGUGAAACACUCAAGUACCUUUUCCUGCUCUUUUCGGAUGACGUUGACUUGAUAAAUCUCGACAAAUACGUCUUCAAUACAGAGGCUCACCCCCUUCCUAUCUGGCACCAACAUAAAUGAAAUGUGGGCCGUCUGCCAUUCCCAGUCUUGAUCAUAUCCCAGCGUAUUGGGGCCUGAAGGGAGGUGUACAGAAUAUUGUGGGUUCAUAUAUCUUUGUUGGACAGCACAUCGGAAAGAAAGCUCGGAUUGCAGAAGGGAAGGUUUUGGCGUGGAAUCCACACCCUCUCGUGUUAUCUCACCUUUGUCGCUUGGCACUUGGACAUGCAAGCCAGAGAGGGUGAGCAGUUUUAUUGCAGCAUUAAGUUCUGCUUGGUACACAAGACGCGACAGGAGAGUUUGGACUGGUGCUGACUGAGAUCCAAGCUGUAUAAACUGUGUUGGUAUCAGAAUUAUCAUCUUGACAAAAGGAGGCUCAUCGAGGUACGCCGGGAAGUACCCCAGCUUACAGCAUCAUUCCACUGAAUCAACUUAUUACCUUGUCUGCAAGGCAGAGGCAAUAAACGAGAAAGAUGGGUCCUUUGUACCAGAUUUGAAAAAUGCAGGUUGUCAGUGCGAUUGCUGAUUCUCCAGUCUCAUUCCAAGCCGAGGAGUUAUGCCACGGUAACACCGGCAAAACGAAAAGCUUCUCUUUUGCGCUGCCAGUGGCAGCAUCCUUAAAUUUUUUUAUGGAGCACUUUGAAUAAUAAUCAUGUGGCACUUGUACCUGUUGUGAAUUGUGGAGACGUUUUAAGUGCAGCAGUUGCUGGUUUGGGUGGAAUCUCAUGUACAGGUUGGUAGGUAUGUUGUGACAGGAUUUUUUAAAACUUAAUCUGCAGAAAUGCAGGAGACAAUGUGAACAGAGAAUUUAUGUUCUUAAAAGGUUAUCUACUCUGAAGUUUAUAUCUAUAAUGUUUUUGGCUCAGGUAUUUGGACUGAAAGCUGCUUCCUGAGGCUUACCUACUAGAAACCCUAAUAAUUUCCUUUUCCCCCCCAAGGCUGGAACCUACAGCUAACCCCAGUGGGAUUGCUGGACAUUCCUUUGUAUUGUGUGGGCUCGGCUGAUGCUUUGCUAUAAUUGGGAGUUAUCACUAGAGAGCUUGGAGGAAGAGAUUGUUGAUCAUCUUAUUCUCUUGGUGGGCAGUUAAGUCUGAAGAGACGUUUUUGCUAGAUAGGACUGGAUGGCAGCUAUAGCUCUAGAGGUGGAUAGCAACAGGUAGGGAAUUGUGUCUUCUGUGCAUGCUUGGUAGCCUUCCAAGUUGUGUCAGAAAGAGCGGCCUUUUUAGUGAAAGAAGGAAGAAAUCUACUGAAAACGUCAAGACAUUUGUAUUAGUGACAAGUGGGUUUUGCACUCUCAGCUCUUAAGGAGAAAACUUAGUACAAUAUGCUUAAUACAUUUUUUGGUUUAAUAACCUGAAGUUCUUGCCUGAAAUUCACAGUGUAAUCUCACCACCUACCUCAAAGGGUAAUUCAGAACGGGAAGGAAUUCCAUGCAAGAGUUUGAUUGUAGAUAAUUAAAUUAUUUUCCCUGAGGAUACUCUUUGGCUUUGGGUCCAUAUCACAUAACGUCAUGUGUCGAUUUCAGAAUGCACAACUUGCACGUUUUGUUACUGUUUGCCAGCCCCCUUUCGUGGAUUUCUGUUUUAGCCUUGCUUCCAGUUUGCCACUCCCACAGCACCAAAGGAGGAGUCAGAUUUUGGGAAAGCGUGGCAUGUGCAGGACAAUCCUUUCUAGCUCAGGAGCUGACUAGUCAUGCCUCGGUAGGAUCGUCAUUCCUUGUACAUUUUGCAAAGGUUUGCUGUCAGUAGAGAUUUUGUUGUGCCCGCUUUGCUUUUUUCAGUGUUGACCUGGCACAUUUUAUUGAAUUACCAGUAGAAAGGUGUCCUCCUGUCCCACAGAGGAACAAGAGCUGUGCAAGAGAGUGGCUGCAUCUAGUAUGAGAGAGCAUCCCACUGAAUUGUGUCCCUGGUAGAGCCUUGUUUCUUGAACUGUGAUGACAGCUUAUAGCAAUUGUCCUGCAAGUCAUGUUGAAGAUGGUGCACAUAUUGGCAAAAGACCUGUUCUUUUCCAUAUAAGGUGUGCAAAAUAAAACGGUAGCCUUAAGAGUGCAAUACAAAAAGCAAGAGGGACUUUGAAGUUCCAUAUGUACAUAACAGAAGAGGGGUUGCAGGAGAGCAGUUCAGAUUUUUUUGCCAUGAAACCAUUUGGGUGGUUGAUGUUCUCUCCACCUUUGCUCUUCCCCACCACACAGUGUUGUCAUAAUCAUACCGAUCUACCUUGCAGGUCUGUUCAAAGGAUGACUGACAUAUAGUAUUGCAGAUUCUUUGAGCAUUCCAAAUGCCCAGUGGUAGAUUUUCAGUGGUAGAGUAUGUGCUUUGUAAGCAGUAAGGUCCCAAGUCCAGUUCCUGAGAUCUCUGGUUUUUCCAGAUAGUGGGGAAAACACAUUUUGUCUCUGACCCUGAUGGAGUACUGCAAAGUCAGGGGAGACAAUGUGAACUACACAGACUAAUCCUAGAUUAAAUUGGGAGGCUGGGGCUCAGUUGUGUAGAGUAGCCGCUUUGCGCUUGGGUCUGAGGUUCAGGCUCCAGAGAGGCUUUCAGAUAACAGAUUUGGGAAAGGCCUUUCUCUGGCUGAGGCUUAGGAGUGCUGUUGCCAGUCAAGACAAGGCGGUACUGGGCUAGACUGACUGAGUAUAAGGCAGCUUCAUAGCAAGGCAAUAUAUACUUUAAAAAUUAAUCUAAUCUAAUCUUACUAUAUAACUGAGCAGUAUGUUCCUAAUGAUGAACCAGAAAGGGCGAGGGCUGCUGGGAAGUGUAGUCCUUGGCCAUCUAGGAGGGCCCAGAUUCCAGUUCCUCCUGGAGGGACAAGGAGUACACUGCCUAGCUGCCCUUGCUGUAGGAAGCCAUACUCCCCUCCUCCUCCCCAUCAUGGUGUACUUCUCCCUACCAGGGCUAGGUCCCUGUGGUGAACUUUGAAGAAUUUCCUGCCUGGGAACACCGGACUAACUCUAUCAAGCUGCAGCCGAUCCAGAAGAGCUGGUUUGUAAAGUUAGGGGAGCCGGGGGGAAUCGAUCUAUAAGUAACCUUUUUUUCCCCAUGAAUAAUUAGGCUAGGUUUUCAUUAUCUGUGGUAAAUCACUGGGCCAAACAAAGAGGAUAGGCAGGAGGGGUCGGCUUCCUCGGUGGGCACUGUCAAACCACCAAUAGUUUUCUAGAGCCUAUUGUGUUUGUUCAUACUGUGGGCUUUACUGCUAGUUGAACCAUAAAGCACCAACUAAAUAGUUUCUGGUUUGGUGCCCAGCUGUGUACCCACUCCCUGCCCCCUCACGUAAGUGCACCCUGGAAUUUAAAGCCAUAUUCUAAAGGUGAGCAGUUGCUGUGUUUGGAGGCAGACACGUAACUUUGCACCGGUGCCUUUAGUAUAUGAGGGGAGUGAAGGACAGGUAGGGAACAGAGCUAUGUGAGGGCUCACCCGACUUCCAGAUAGGAAGAAGCUAGAAAAAAAUUACUGCUGACAAGAACCUCGCUAAUGUGAAAACAGCAUGUCUUUGAGGGAGGGUACCUUCCACUUUUGGAACAAUAUCCCAGUUUCUUGGGCUCUACCGGUGGCUAAAAGCAGAAUAACCCAAGCUUGCAUAAUUUGUGCAAAUGGCAGAAUGUGUCUCCGGUCCAGAACCCAGAUUCUUCUACCCACUCAAAGUGCAGACCGGCUUUGAUGUGCUGUCCCGUUGCCACCUGGCUUGUCUGUGAGCUCCCCUUUCAGGAAAACCAAGUCUUUAUUGGUUUUUGUAUUGUCACUGUCUCACUUUGCAUCACCAAAUCUACAGCCGUUCCUUAGUGGGUCCUCAGGUCUUCUGUGGCUGCAUAUUGUCUGCUCUGGGCUAUAUGUGUGUGAGUAUAUGUAAUUAAGACAGAAAAUAUAUUAUUGUCACACUGUUCAUAAACAUUGCUGAUUCUUCCUCAUGUGUCUUAGUGGGGAAACAGGAGCCUUUCCCACACUUCUCCUCUGUUUAGAGAACUAUGUGAAAUAGCAUCCAGGAAUAGUUUGACAACUUGCUGUAGAUGACAGGAAACGAAGACCAGAAUUUACUACCACCCAACCUCAGGUGUAGACGCUACGCAUUGCGUCCUUGCUCCCGUGUAGUGAAAGGAGCCGUAUGCCUGUCCUGAGACCAUCUUGUCCCUUUGUCCUUAUGCAAAAGAGGCAUAUUGCUGAAGCCUUGGUGGUGUGUUACCUGGUGCAUCAUAUUUAAGUAGACAAGUCCAUCCCUUUGUAAAUGUGCAGGAGACUUAAGUGUACUUUGCCUUUUAAGGAGGCAGGGAAGCUAUCUUUUAAAAUAAAUUCCCACUUGUGUUAGUCCAAAGGUAAACCACAGAAUUCUAUUUCACUUUAAUAAACUCGUAAUUUAUUUUGAAAA